UCCCGCCACGUGACCACGCAUUGUGUAACGAGUUCCCCACGUUAUACAAGAUGCUCCUAUGUGCUAUCUUAUCGCCGAUCUGUACUGUGUGCGCAUUAUAAUAACUCGGCCGAGAUAACACCACGACAUGUGUCAAUAGGGGGGCAGAGAUAAUAAAGCCGGUUAUAGUAUGAUGGAAGAGUGCAAUGCUCGAAGUGAGAGAUCCUGCAUAGGCGCGCUCCCAGUCCGGGAGGGGUCACCAUGGGGAUGAGAAGAGGGGAGGGGGUGCGAGAGGCACGGCCAAUCACUGGGCGCGGACCGGGGUGUUUGUUGCUGGUUCAGUCAGGAAAGUUAUACAACGAGGUUCGGAAAGAGAACGUGGAGGAGUCAGUGACCGCGCUGUGUGUAGAGAGGGAGCCCCCUGCGCCGGCGUGAGGGAGCGGCUGCUGUGCACAUCCACACCCUGCCCUUCCCGUGUACCGGGCGCUGCUCUCUGACAUCCCCGGGGCUUCUCCUCCAGCGCCCUCCUCCUGCUUCCCAUGGAGCUGCUGGACCCCGGGGUUCUAAUCACCGGAGUCUCCUUCGCCUGCUUCCGUCUCCUGAACGGGGAGCUGCAGAGACUGAUCCCCGCACCGAGCUCCGCACUCCGUAACCCCUGGAAAUGGAGGAACAUCUGGACGUCGUUUAUCCACAGCCUGCUCACCGGGAGCUGGGCAUUGCUGGGAUUUUACUUGCAUCCGGAGAUGGCAGAAGAUCUGAUUUCCACACAUUCCAGCUUUUCCCAUUGCCUCAUUGCUGUCUCGAUAGGGUAUUUCAUCAAUGAUUUUGUGGACAUGUUGCAGAAUCAGAAGCUGCACCAGUCAUGGGAGCUGCUCUUCCAUCACACUGUGGUUAUUACAUGUUUCAGCAUAUCGCUGCUGCUGCACCGCUAUGUGGGUUUUUCUGUAGUGGCCUUGCUCGUGGAAAUUAACUCCAUCUUCCUCCAUCUGAGACAGAUCCUUCUCAUGGCCAAUCUUUUGAAAACCACGAUGUACAGGCUGAACAGCUUACUGAACCUGGGUACAUAUGUCAUCUUUAGGAUCAUGACACUGGCGUGGAUGACCAGGUGGUUGGUGUUAAACCGAGAUAACAUUCCACUCCUCACCUACACUAUCGGCAGUGUUGGAAUGGCCAUCAUGACUGCAAUGAAUAUAGUACUCUUCUAUCGCCUCUUGCGAAGCGAUUUCCUUAAGUCAGCGCGUGAUAUACCAAGCGAGAAGGAUAAAUAAUGCUUUUUUUAAACACUGGAAAAACAAUUAGGGCUUCAUUCUGAAGAAUCAGGGAGGCUUUGGGGCCAUACCAACUGGGAGCCCUGCAAAAUGAAAACUUCUGACAAAUCCAAACAUAUCCAAUACUGGAGAAGAACCUGUCACUGGACUCUGUAUUGAGUGGACCAGAAAAAAAACGGUCGAUUCUGUAUUUUUCAAAGGACAGGUCUUUAAAACUUUGAUUACCCAUUUUACAGUAGUAUUAAGCACUUAGAUUAAUUGCCUACGGUCACCUAUCACUUUAACUUUUCCACUGUUUUACUGACGCAUUGUUCUGCUCUGCAUAGAUCUGGCAAUUAUGUUUGUGCUCUCACUACAGUGACCGGACGUCCUCAUUUGUGCAGGAGGCUAAUGAAAAAUGCAUUGAGUGGAUGGGAAAGAUGACUAGACAAAAACCCUUAUAGCGUGCAGCUUUCUGAACUAGAGAAUUCAUAUUUGUGCAGCUAAUGAUAAUUGUUUCAGUAGUAGAAGCACUAAAAUUAGACAUUCUGUAGAUAGAAAACAGCAGCACUUGUGCUGAUGGUAGGGUGUCCCUGACAGACACCCUAGUAACAGAUCUCUAGUGUUCAUGCUAGAGUGUGGCAAGGCGCUGUGGCGCAGGCAUGGUAUCCAUGUCUGCACCCAAAAAGGGGGCAUGACCAGCCGGGGAGCGGGGAAUGGGCCCGUCGCCGUCACUCCUAGGGGCGUGCCCAGCACUUACAAACAUGCUGGACUGCCCCCAAGCACUGCCCUCACUGUGAAUAGUUGCCAUGGCAUGGCAUGUAUUCGCCUGCAGUGAUCGCUACACUGCAACGUUUUCCACCUGUGAGAAAAUGUGGCCCAUGGGUUGGGACAGAAGAGGGCAGUCUGUUCCAGAAGGGUGCCACCAGAAAGGCAGGGCCCAGGUUUUUAAUUUUAAAAUCGGUGUGGUGCCCUGCUGAAACUCUCUAGCGUAAACACUAGGUAGUACAUUUACUAAAGCUUAUCUGUCCACUCAGGGAGAGAAGGAUAAAACAGCAAC